UCUAAAAAUCAAAAGUCAAAACAAAUUUCUGAACACUUGCAAACAAAUAAGCUGAAAAAAUUUUGAUUAUCAAGAUAUAAAUUCAAAAUACUGGGUCAUAUACAUAAACGUCUACUCUUAGUAAUUAGUUUUUCGUUCACAACUAUGGCUUGGCGAAGUCAUGGCGUUAACAAUGCUGAUAUGAUACGUAAUCUAAGAGCCAAUGGUAUCAUAAAAUCAGAUACUGUUGCUAAUGCUAUGUUGGCAGUGGAUAGAAAGAACUAUUGUCCUUAUGCACCUUAUCAUGACUCACCACAAUCUAUUGGAUUCUCUGCCACCAUCAGUGCUCCACACAUGCAUGCCCAUGCUUUAGAGAGAUUGAAAAAUCAAUUGAUACCAGGUGAAAAGGCGCUAGAUGUUGGUUCAGGAUCAGGGUACCUAACAGCUUGCAUGGCUAUCAUGUUAGGUGAACAGGGAAGGAUUGUUGGUAUAGACCAUAUAUCAGAACUUGUAAAUUUAGCAACAAAAAACAUAAAUAAUGAUAAUCCAGGAUUGCUUAAAUCUGAAAGAAUAAAGCUUAUAACUGGAGAUGGUCGCCAAGGCUACCCUGAUGAGGCUCCUUACAAUGCCAUUCAUGUAGGAGCAGCAGCACCUACCUUACCUCAAGCUUUAGUUGAACAAUUAAAGCCUGGUGGGCGCUUAAUAGUACCAGUUGGACCUGAAGGUGGAGAGCAGCAUCUGACACAAGUUGACAAAGCAGCUGACGGUACUACGACCGUAAAGAAAUUGAUGAGUGUAAUCUACGUCCCGCUUACCGACAAGAGUCAUCAAUAUCGUGAGUGACCCAGCGUAUAUAUCAUUAUAUCUACUAUUAUCGCUAUGCUGACCGCGGCCCUUUGCAUUCGCUGUCUCGUGCAAUCUUUGUAUUCAUAUUGACUCACGAAUACUCCAAAGACAUUCAAACUAAGCUUAUAUUGCAGUGCCUUGAACAUUGCUUCGUUACUACUUUUAAUAAGUGUACUAAAAUUGUAUUUAACUUUUUGAUUUUAUGAGGAUUAUGGAUAUUUGUAGGCCUAAAAUUGACGAAUAUUGUUUAUAUAGUAAAUCUCUAAUGAAAACUUCGAUUACAGUAGAAAUGGAAGCACUGAUUCUCUUUAGAAUAGAUGAGCAAUAAC